AUGUUCUGGAACUUACUAUUCGCGGUCAUCGUGACCUUACUGCGCAGCGUAUCUGCUGCCGAGUCUGUUGCAGUUCACGACGCCGAAACUGGCCUCACCUACUCCCAAAACUUUGCGUUGUACAAGGUCGACGGUCGAGGGAUAACCUUCCGAAUCGCAAUCCCCAGCAACGUCUCCAGCAACUCCGCCUACGACGCCGUAGUCCAGGUGAUCGUUCCUAACGACGUCGGCUGGGCCGGGCUUGCUUGGGGCGGUUCAAUGACCAAGAACCCCUUAAUGGUUUUUUGGCGAGGGUCAAACAAUCAACCAGUGUUGUCGUCUAGAUGGGCCAGCCACACACUCCCACAAACCUACACUACCGCCACCUACACUCUAUUCAAAACCGGCACCAAGUCCAACUCGACCCACUGGCAAUUCACCGCCCUCUGUACAGGCUGCACCUCAUGGGCAGCCGACGGCGGCGCGGUUCGCUACAUCCAGCCCAACGGCGGCAACCGGCUUGCGUUUGCUUAUAGUCCUACUAAACCUUCGAACCUGUCUAGCCCGACGAGCGCGAUCACGGUGCACGAUGUGCAUGCGUACUGGAAUCAUGAUUUCGGUACGGCGAGGAAUGCGGGCUUCGAAGCGGCGGUGCAGAGGUUGUUGGGGAGUCAGGGAGUUAGGGCUUAG